AUGCCCUACAGACUAUGCAGCUUCUCACUGCUGGUGAAAGGGUUUGUCUGUAAAGGGGGAGAGUUGUUUUUCAGCUCUGAAGUGGAGGCAAUUGACUAUCACAUUGUGUACUCCUUCAGGCAGAGGAGUUUGAGACCAAGCGCCGGGCCCCGGGACCGGUUAAAUGACCAAGCGCCGGGCCCCGGGACCGGUGGAAGGACCAAGCGCCGGGCCCCGGGACCGGUGGAAGGACCAAGCGCCGGGCCCCGGGACCGGUGGAAGGACCAAGCGCCGGGCCCCGGGACCGGUGGAAGGACCAAGCGCCGGGCCCCGGGACCGGUGGAAGGACCAAGCGCCGGGCCCCGGGACCGGUGGAAGGACCAAGCGCCGGGCCCCGGGACCGGUGGAAGGACCAAGCGCCGGGCCCCGGGACCGGUGGAAGGACCAAGCGCCGGGCCCCGGGACCGGUGGAAGGACCAAGCGCCGGGCCCCGGGACCGGUGGAAGGACCAAGCGCCGGGCCCCGGGACCGGUGGAAGGACCAAGCGCCGGGCCCCGGGACCGGUGGAAGGACCAAGCGCCGGGCCCCGGGACCGGUGGAAGGACCAAGCGCCGGGCCCCGGGACCGGUGGAAGGACCAAGCGCCGGGCCCCGGGACCGGUGGAAGGACCAAGCGCCGGGCCCCGGGACCGGUGGAAGGACCAAGCGCCGGGCCCCGGGACCGGUGGAAGGACCAAGCGCCGGGCCCCGGGACCGGUGGAAGGACCAAGCGCCGGGCCCCGGGACCGGUGGAAGGACCAAGCGCCGGGCCCCGGGACCGGUGGAAGGACCAAGCGCCGGGCCCCGGGACCGGUGGAAGGACCAAGCGCCGGGCCCCGGGACCGGUGGAAGGACCAAGCGCCGGGCCCCGGGACCGGUGGAAGGACCAAGCGCCGGGCCCCGGGACCGGUGGAAGGACCAAGCGCCGGGCCCCGGGACCGGUGGAAGGACCAAGCGCCGGGCCCCGGGACCGGUGGAAGGACCAAGCGCCGGGCCCCGGGACCGGUGGAAGGACCAAGCGCCGGGCCCCGGGACCGGUGGAAGGACCAAGCGCCGGGCCCCGGGACCGGUGGAAGGACCAAGCGCCGGGCCCCGGGACCGGUGGAAGGACCAAGCGCCGGGCCCCGGGACCGGUGGAAGGACCAAGCGCCGGGCCCCGGGACCGGUGGAAGGACCAAGCGCCGGGCCCCGGGACCGGUGGAAGGACCAAGCGCCGGGCCCCGGGACCGGUGGAAGGACCAAGCGCCGGGCCCCGGGACCGGUGGAAGGACCAAGCGCCGGGCCCCGGGACCGGUGGAAGGACCAAGCGCCGGGCCCCGGGACCGGUGGAAGGACCAAGCGCCGGGCCCCGGGACCGGUGGAAGGACCAAGCGCCGGGCCCCGGGACCGGUGGAAGGACCAAGCGCCGGGCCCCGGGACCGGUGGAAGGACCAAGCGCCGGGCCCCGGGACCGGUGGAAGGACCAAGCGCCGGGCCCCGGGACCGGUGGAAGGACCAAGCGCCGGGCCCCGGGACCGGUGGAAGGACCAAGCGCCGGGCCCCGGGACCGGUGGAAGGACCAAGCGCCGGGCCCCGGCAGAUGUGGCUUGCCAGAGACCCAUGCUACCCAGGGCGGUUGUGGCCGCGACCGGGGAGCUGGGGCAGUAUUUGCGACUGGCCUGCAGGGCCUGGCCCGCCCCGCCUGCUCUGCUCUGUUGUGCAUUUGUGCGUGUGA